CCUGCACAAUCUCACACGGGGAAAAAUCAACACCAGCCAAAUGCUAGUAAAAUAUCCAAGUUGCUGGUAGAUUUGCAAAAUAAAUCUAACAAAAUAAGUGACACCUGUGUUGGUUAGGGUGUGGGUAGGGCCAUUAUACACCAAUUUUAGUCCUGGGGAAUAAUGUUUUACUCAUACAUGUUGUAAGCUCUAUGUGACUAACCAUGCUGUCUACUAUCUGUAAUGCAGUAAAGGACAACGUAUUCAGACAUGUUAGGAGGUUUCUGGCCCUUUUGAGCUCAGCGAAGGUCAGAUCGAGCAACAUGAACUGUGAUGUGGUAACCACAGUGAAACAUGACAUGUCUGAACCCGUUGUGGAAAUUACUUAUCUUGACGGAGAUAAGCUGGUGUUGAAGGGAGCAAAGUUGAACUGCACAGAGAUGGUAGAUGCAUUUCAGGCAAUGUGCACAGCCAAGGAACAACAGGCCAAAAUUGCAGCCAAAAAAUGACAAUGAUGCUCAUGUUAAAUAUAUCUGUGUUGAAUGUAUCUGUAUGACGCUUUGUAUAAUCCUGGAUGUUUAUUAAAGUAUUUCAUUUAAAUGUG